GUGGGCGUGGCCAUACUGUGUAUGCAGGAAGAAGAAGAAGGAGAAGAAGAAGAGGCAGCGUUUAUGACUCCUCUGUAGCAAAGUCGACGCCGGGUUAUGGAUAAAAGUGCCGUGGUAAAGGUCGGCGCGGUGGCCAGUGCGAGCGUGUGUGCCCUUUUCGGAGGAGUCGUCCUGGCGCAGUACAUCGUGGCCAAGAAGAAACGAGCUGGCAAGAAAACCAAGAUCAUCGAAAUGAUGCCUGAGUUUGAGAAGAGCACAGUCCACAUCAAGGACCCCGAGCGGGUAGAGCAGAUCAUCUGCGGUAUGAUUAAAGGAGGCGCUUCCAAACUACAGAUAAUCACAGAUUUUGACAUGACGUUAAGCAAAUUUUCAAUCAACGGAAAACGCUGCCCGACCUGCCACAACAUAAUCGACAACUGCAAGCUAGUCACGGAGGAAUGUAGGCAGAAGCUGUAUAAGCUAAAGGAUACGUACUAUCCUAUUGAGAUCGACCCACAUCUCACCAUGGAGGAGAAAUACCCCUUUAUGGUGGAAUGGUAUUUUAAAUCCCACACAUUACUGGUGGAGCAGCGUUUAGAGAAGGACAAACUUCCCGAGGUGGUCAGAGAAUCGGACGUCAGCUUACGGGAGGGUUAUGAGCACUUCUUUGACCGUCUUCAUGAGCACAGUGUUCCUGUGUUCAUCUUCUCAGCGGGGCUCGGAGAUGUGCUCGAGGAGAUCAUCAGGCAGGCUGGAGUUUAUCACCCCAACGUUAAAGUCGUCUCCAACUUUAUGGACUUCGAUGAGAACGGUGUCCUGAAAGGCUUCAAAGGCGAACUGAUUCACGUGUACAACAAGCAUGACGGCGCGCUGAGGAACACCGACUACUUCAAACAGCUGAAGGACAACAGCAACAUCAUCCUUCUGGGAGACUCACUCGGAGACCUCAACAUGGCCGACAGCGUCCCCAACGUAGAGAACCUCCUGAAGAUCGGCUUCCUCAACGAUAAGGUCGAGGAGCGCCUGGAGAAAUUCUUGGACUCUUAUGAUAUUGUUCUCGUGAAGGAUGAAACCCUUGAAGUGCCCAAUUCUAUUUUACAGAAGAUCUUAUAACUGUAAAGAGACUUUUAUUGGAUUACUAGUCGAACACAUGCACGCACAAGCCAUACAAACCCUCCAUCACGAUCCGUUAACAUCCUAGACGUCUCCCGUGUGUCUGUGUCGGGUUUUGUCCCAUUGUUUCUAUUUUUUUGUAAAGAAAAAAGAGACCGUGUUGGAUAUCUCUAUAUAAGCAAAUGUGUUUUAAUGUGUACAUUAGUAGACUUGUCAAUGUAUUAUUUUUGAUAUUGUAUCACUUAAGUUCACGCGCAAUAAUAAUUGGGAUGGAAGGUGAAACCAGUCUUUAACUAGACUGUACACAUUAUUUUUUAUAAUUAUAAAGGUGAAAAAUGCAGUGUACUACAGUAAUUUUUGUACAGUCUCCAGGUGUUGAAAAAUAUUUGUUGCUCCAAGUAUUUGUGCCUGUACAGUGGAUGUGAUCUUCCCUGGAAACACUCCCAGGCUUUGACAGUUCCUCAACCUCAGCUACAUCCCUCAAGGACGUUUAACUGUACCAUUCGUACAGCUUUUUUGUUGCAUCCUGCAGGAUUUCUAUCUGUUCAUUCGAGAUUAAUGUUACUCGUUACAUCCGUUGUAUAGCUCCUACCAGGAAGUUUACGUAGUUUCUAGAGAAAUCAAACAAAAAAGAUACAUGACGUUUACUGUACACUGUAGUUUCUGCCUGUUUUUUUUUUUUCAUGUGUAAAAUAAAUAGAACAUUUUAAAAUAUACAAUUUUUAUUUACAAUCUAUAUGUAUAUGCCCAUGGAUAUAAAUUCCAUGCUAACUAUCCCACAGCAAUACAAUAUAUCCAUCAACAAAUGAAUGUAUUGGACAUUAUCACCUUGUUCCAGGUGUAGUUCAGGCCUGGUUUCGGUGUUAUUUUCACGACCUAGACUGAUGGUUCGUUUAAAAUGUGCUGACACAGCUAAACACGAAGGAAAGCUUCAGAAAAACGAGCUUUCAUUCAUUAAUUAUUUGUAGCGUCAGCAUUUUUUUUUCAAGUUGGACCUUUUUUGUUAUCUUCACACAAUCGUUAAGGAAGUGGAUCGGCUUCGACUUGCACUACCAUGACGUUGGGGAGGACGUGUUCUCGUGGCCCGACGUACAGUGCUGUACGUGCUGCUCGUUUGCAUGUUGCUUUUCUUGUUUUCAAAAAGGUUUGUCAAUAAAUGUAGGCAAUAAUAA